UCUUCGUCCUCCACGACUUAUCCCCCGAGUCCCCAUACACCGACCGACGCAUACCACCCCAUCACCACCACUCAUACCAUACCAUACAGUCCGAGGAUCUCGACGACUAGAUAUCUACCCCCGCCCGCCGAACCGAACACCACAUCAUGCCGUCCCUCCGCCGCCUAGCCGCGCCAGUGAUGUCACUGCGACGAGCCGUUUUCACAUCCGCCACCUCUUCCGCCACCACCAACAGCUCGCCCGCCCUCCGAGCAGCAUACUCAAACUCCUCCUCCAUCGGCUCGUCCAAGCGCCAGCUACAAACGCACACGCACACGUCGCCGACACUGCACACCGACGUGCCUAUGCCGCGGGGCAGCGGCGUGGAGUCAUCUUUGACGCUGCCGUCGCGGGAACACUCCCUAUCCGGCGCGCCCCCUCCCGCACCCACGCCCUUGCCCGCAUCUACAGCCUCCAAGCCCGCGCCCGCAUCCGCGCCCGUAACGCGCACGCGCUUCCGCCCACGCAAGGCGGCGAUGUCAUUGACAUCUCCGGCGGUGGCGCAGCUGCGGGGGCUGAUGUCGGAUCCGACACCGAAGCUGAUCCGGGUGGGGGUCAAGAACCGCGGGUGUUCGGGCUUGGCGUACCACCUGGAGUACGUGGACAAGCCCGGGAAGUUCGAUGAGGAGGUGCUGCAGGAUGGUGUUAGGGUCCUCAUUGAUUCCCAUGCGCUGUUUAGUAUCAUUGGGAGCGAGAUGGAUUGGGUCGAGGAUAAAUUGUCGGCGAGGUUUGUGUUUAAGAAUCCUAAUAUCAAGGAACAGUGCGGCUGCGGCGAAAGCUUCUCGAUCGGUUAGGUCAGACGGCGGGUUUUUUCUGUUUCGGUUGGGAUUUUCAGGCGAUAGAUACGAGUAGAUGCUGCGGCGCAUAGACGGGGGAAUCCUGUUGUGUUUUUUCUUCGCCGCCGGGGGUUGGGUUGGUUUUUGGGUUUCGUUCUACGUACGGGGUUAUAUGGCGUUGUUUUUUCUUUCUUGACUGUUCUUAAGUAGGUACGCAUGCUUUCAUUCAUUCAUGCAUUCUUCGGCCUUGGGCCCAUGGCCCCGUCUGUGCUUUUUUUGUCUGGAGAGGAGAGCUUGAGCUUGUAUUGUGUUUGUCGACGCCCUGCUACGAUGUUUGGUGAAUCGGUUGGUUGGUGACUUACUUGUCGAUACACGUACUGGUAGAGUAUUUAGAUGUGAUGUGUAAAUCGGAGAAGUGAGCAUGGUUCUGGAGCAAUACAUCGCGA